AUGGUUGCUCCUGUCUAUAUCGUUUCUGCCUCCAGAACUCCAAUUGGUUCUUUCCAAAGCUCGUUGUCUUCUCUCAGCUUUGUUGAUUUGGGUGCCCACGCUGUCAAGGGCGCUUUGGAAAAAGUCCCAGAGAUCAAGCCUGAAGAUGUCGAAGAAAUCGUUUUCGGUAACGUUCUCCAGGCCAAUGUUGGUCAAAACCCUGCCAGACAAGUCGGUUUGAAUGCUGGUCUCAGCAAGAAGGUUGUGGCCACCACCAUUAACAAGGUCUGUGCCUCCGGUACCAAAUCGAUUAUUGUUGGUGCCCAAACCAUUUUGUGUGGAUCCGCUGACAUCGUCAUUGCCGGUGGGGCUGAAUCCAUGAGUAACACUCCACAUUACCUUGCCAACUCAAGAACUGGUAACAAGUUUGGUAACGGUACUUUGAUCGACGGUAUUCAAAGAGAUGGUUUGUUCGACGCUUACGAUGGUCAAGCCAUGGGGGUUGCUGCCGAAAAAUGUGCCAAGGACUACGAAUUCUCCAGAGACGACCAAGACAACUACGCCGUUGACUCUUACAAGAAGGCCCAACAAGCACAUGCCGACGGUAAGUUCAAGGACGAAAUCUCUCCAGUCACCAUCAAGGGUUUCAGAGGUAAGCCAGACACCGUUGUCUCUGUCGAUGAAGAAUCUACUAGAUUGAACGAAGGUAAAUUGAGAAGUGCUAGACCAGUAUUCGCCAAGGAAAACGGUACUGUGACUGCUCCAAAUGCUUCUCCAAUCAACGACGGUGGUGCUGCGGUUGUGCUUGUCAGUGAAAAGAAAUUGAAGGAAUUGGGAUUGAAGCCAAUUGCUAAGAUUUUGGGUUGGGGUGAAGCUGAAAGAGAUCCAGUUGAUUUCACCGUCGCUCCAUCCUUGGCGAUUCCAAAAGCUUUGGAACACGCCGGUGUUAAGACUGAAGACGUUGAUUUCUUUGAAUUGAACGAAGCUUUCUCUGUGGUUGGUUUGGCUAACACCAAGAUUUUGGGUCUUGAUCCAAAGAAGGUCAAUAUUUACGGUGGUGCUGUUGCCAUUGGUCACCCAUUGGGUUGUUCUGGUGCCAGAAUUGUUGUUACUUUGUUGAGUGUAUUGAAGCAAGAAGGUGGUAAGAUUGGUGCUGUUGGUAUUUGUAACGGUGGUGGUGGUGCCUCUGCUCUUGUUAUUGAAGCUUUGUAG